CCCAAAAUAUCAGGUUUCAAUGUAUCAAGUUGACGUCUAUGAAAUAAUCCUGUAUAACAUCACGUGAGAACGUAGACGACGGGAUCACAAACAGGAAGCAGCCAAGCAGUAGAGCUACCGGCCAUCGAGAGAAACGGACAGACAAGGUUUUUGGAUCGGUGCAGAGAGACUUAGUGAAAGUUCUUCGAAUGUUUUCGGAUAUGACUUUCACAUGCAGCUCGUCGAUCCGUGCCUGGGCCACAAACCCAGGCUGCCUCCUUUUCCUGUUUGUCCUGUCAGGUUCAGCCUCAGCAGAUAUCGUCACACAGACAAUAACAGCCUAUGUGACUGAAACCGUCGUCCUGCCGUGCCGCAUCACUGUGGAUGGUGAACUCCCCACGGUGGAGUGGUCCAAGGAGGGCUUAAGGGAAAACAACAUCACCUUACUGUACCGGGACGGCUGCGAGACGUUUGGGAUGAAGAAUCCAGCCUUCCACUACAGGACAAACCUUCUUUUGAACAAACUGAAGGACGGCAACAUCUCUCAGAUCAUUUACAACCUGAGGGUGUCUGAUGGAGGCAAGUACAACUGCAGGACCCUCCGGGGGAAGGAGUGGCAGGUUCACGCGAUUAUCGUCCUUAAUGUGGGUGCCACGUCAAAGCCAGAGCUCACAGUUGUUCCCUCCACUGAGGGUGGAGAACUGACCCUGGAGUGUAAGGCGGAGUGCUGGUUCCCAGAACCUGACAUCACGUUUUACGAUGACGAAAGGAACGAGAUUCCAGCAGAAAAACCAACAAGAGGGCCAAACUCUAGAGAAUGUUUUACAGUUACCAGGAGAGCAGUGGUGCAGACUAAAAUCAACAGAGUGACCUGCAAAGUCCACGAGAGAAAGUUCAAUCAGACCAAGAACACAGAGAUUUACAUCCCAGAUGACUGGAUGAGGUCCUGCUCAAACACGGCAGCCAUCACAGGAACUGUCACUUUCUUAUUGACAGGGUUAAUAAUAUGUGGACUUGUUUUCCUGGUGCACAAGAAGUUCUGCAGGAGUGGACAAAACGUCUGUCGGUCAAGAAGUAAACAUAUGAAAGAAGAGAAAGAUGAGAUGGACAGGCGCAGUGGUACCUCACAGGAAGAGGAGUACACAUAUGAUUUCAGAACAUCACCAAACGGGACAGAGCUAACAGACCAGUCACCCGUUGACAACAGGUCACCAGGACAAGACUCGUCCAUGAUAAAAAGUUCUGGAUCGAGUGCUUCAAGACGAGACAAAACCCCCGGCUCACUGAACACAGACCGACAUAGGUCUGUGUCCUUUUCCUCCUCCAAAGGAAACUCUCUGCUCCCUAAUACAUCUCAAAGAAGCUUAAGUCACCGGUCAAAUGCAAGUGAGAGUUCAGAGUCACUGUUGGAUAAACCAGAAAGCUAAAACGUGGAAAGGACUAGCCCUGUCACUAACCUGCAUUGUUAUGCCAUUCUCAGUAUGGUACAUGUACAUGUACAUGGUCU